AUGGUGCGCAGCCGCAACUACAACCAGCCAGGGCGGUACCGGGGCGUGCGGAAGCGGGGGGAGUUUCGUUACAUUGCAGAGAUUAAAGACACCACUAACGGGGUCCGCAGGUGGUUGGGCACGUUCCGUUCUGCAGAGGACGCUGCCAAGGCGUUUGAUGAAGCUGCUCUGAAAAUCCGAGGAGCAAAGGCGAAGCUUAACUUCCCAGGCCGGUAUCUUCAGAAAGGGGGAGGGGCAGUAGCACUGGGCUCGGAUCCUGCAGCGUCAUUGGGUGCAGCGACUAGGAUGGAAACAGCAGGAAUGGUAGCAGGGCAGGUGGGAGGAGAGACUGGCAUGGGAGUGCAACCGGAAUCAACAGACGACGCAGGUGCAAGAUCAGGGGCUAAGGAGCAGGCUUUAUCUGCACUGGAGGGGGGAGGAGAGGAGGAGGAGGAGGAGGAGGAGGAGGAGGAGGAGGAGGAGGAGGAGGAGGAGGAGGGGGGGGGAGGAGGAGGAGGAGGAGGUGGAGGAGCAGGGGUAGGAGUAGGAAAAGUAUUACUAGCAGCAGAAACGUCAGCAGGCAGUGAUAGCGGGAGCAAAGGAGGAGUGGACAUUCCUGAAAGAAGCUCCACCGUAAGCGUCCCUGAAGCUGCACUCACCAGCGGCGUUCAUAUCCAUGCCACUAUCCCCACUCACACCUCAGAAUGCAACCCAAUGUUUAUUGGUCCCACCCUGAAUUGCCACUCAGUCCUACCGGAGGAGAUGCCUAGUGCGAUGAUAAAUGGACUGGGAAUGUUGGGAUUGGACUCACUGGGAGCAGAUCUGGACGGCUUUGAGGAGUUGAAUUUUGAGGAGAUGGGAUUAGAGAUGGCAGAUGGUUUGGCAGAUGGUGAGGGGGAGUGGAGCUCUUUACUAGCAGAGCAAUUUGCUCAGCAGCUGGGGGCAAUUGACGAAACCGAUGGGGUUGGAGGGAGUGGGGUUGGUGUUGCAACAGGCAAGGAGGGAGUGGAAGAACGGGAGGUGCCUUCAGAGGAAGAAAUGGAGGAAGGCGGGGAACGGGCAAUGGAGGAAGGCGGAGCGAUGGAGGAGGAAGAGGGUGCGAUGGAGACAUGGACGGGAAUAGACGAGCGUUUGACGAUGGAAAUGGGGCCGCCUGUUCGAUACUUCCAGCUGCCCAGCGACAAGGAUUUCCCUCACGAAAGCAGUAAGCAAAUGCUGAAAACUGAAGGGAUGGAGAGACAGCAAGGAGGCUGGACAGUGUCUGAGGGUGAGAACAAUCCUGGUAACUACAUGAUGGCAAUGCAGCCAAGCCAACAGGCGGUGCCAUCUCAAGUAGGGAUGGAGGGGCAGGAAGGUGGCUGCACAACUUCUGAGGUUGAAAACGGCCGUGGUGGCUACAUAAUGGCAAUGCAGGCAAGCCACCAGGCGGUGCCGUUCCAAGCUGCCCAGACUGCCCAGACUGCACCAUCUGAUCCAUCAUCCUCCCAAUGGCACCAGCCAGGUCAACGGGGAGAAUGGGCCGAGCAAGGUCAAGCGGUCCGAGGGGCAGGUGUGGCGGUGGGUGUGGCAGCAGCAGGUCCAUCCGGCCAUCUAGGUGUGGAGCAGAUUCGUACUCCAGUAGAAACCUCAGCACUGGCAGCGGGGCAGCACGCAGUGACAGGGGAGGAAGCAUUGGAAAGGCAGCAAGCGUUGGCUAGGCCGCAAACAGCAGGGCUGCCAGUCCCAAGCGAGCCACAAGCCGUUUCAUGGGGUUUCAGUGUCGAGGUGUCCGGAGGAUUUAUGACGCCUGGCGAGGAUGCUUCCCUGCUAGAGGCGAAGCUAGAAGCAGUAGAGGAGAUGGAGGUACCCAGCAUGACAGCCGGUUCAGCUUUGAGACGUCUCAAAACUGGAUUUAUGGCGCCUGGAGAGAAUGGCUCCGUGCAAGAAGCAGUAGAGGAGAUGGAGGUACCCAGCAUGACAGCAGGUUCAGCUUCCACCAUGCCUACAAGCUGGCAUGCUGAGACAAUGCAGAGCUACUGUCAAGGGGUGCUGCAGCAUGGACGGCUGGAGGGGCAGCAGAGGUCGUUGUUGGAUGAUAAAAGGAUCCAGCUGCAGCAGCAGGAGCAGCAGCAGGAGCAGCAGCAGCAGCAGCAGGAGCAGCAGCAGCAGCAGCAGCAGCAGCAGCAGCAGGAGCAGCAGCAGCAGCAGCAGUUGGAGCAGCAGCAGCAGCAGCAGCAGCAGCAGCAGGAGCAGCAGCAGCAGCAGCAGAUGCAGCAUCAGCAGCAGCAGCAUCUGCAGCAGCAGCAGAUGCAGCAUCAGCAGCAGCAGCAGCAGCAGCAGCAGCAGCAGCAGCAGCAGCAGCAGCAGCAGCAGCAGCAGCAGCAGCAGCAGCAGCAGCAGCAGCAGCAGCAGCAGCAGCAGCAGCAGCAGCAGCAGCAGUCAAAGCAGGAGCAGUGGCGUUCAACUCAGCAGCAUCAAUUACAGUUGUUGCACCAGCAAGAUCAGCUGGAACUGCUGCAGCAGCAUCAGAAUCAGCUCCCUCGCUUCCAUCAUCAUCUGCCCUUCCACAGUCAGUCCACCCCCUCCACAACACCUGCUGCUCUCACCUCCUCCGCUCUGACCUCUACUUCCAGCACUGCUGUUGGCAUUGCUUCAGGGGCAACGGUUUGCACUCCUGUUGCCACCGCUGCUGGCACUGCUGGUGGUGUUGCGUCUGGUGCUGCUGCUGCAGUCUUGCACUCGCACCAUGUCCUUCUUUCCCCCGCCUCUCCACCCGCCGCCUUGCAUGGAUACAGCAACACAGAGACGUGCGGUAUUGAUGCCUUGGAGCAUGGUGCCUCCAAGGAAAUCAACGGCUACGAGACUGGUGGUGCUGGCAUUAGUGGUGGAGAUGUUGUAAUGCAGGAGAAUGCAACAGAGGGCUCCUCAUUGCCUGCAUACAAUGCUGCUGCUACUGCCCAGCCUAGUGCCGACCAGCCAAGCGGUGACCAGGCGAGUGCUGCUGACCAGCCGAGUGGUGACCAGGCGAGUGGUGACCAGCCGAGUGGUGACCAGCUGUGUUCUGCCCAGCAGCGUGUCAUGUCAGGCUCGAGCCUUCCUCUUCCUCACCCCUCAGCCAACCUGUUGCUCCUGAGGGACACGGAACGCUCUGCUCUUGCUGCCUGGGGCCUCAACUCCCCAUCAUCUCGCAUCCAGGGGACAGCCUGUCACAGCUUCAAGAAUUAUGUCGAUGCUGCCCCCUUUACAGAACAUUCAGGAGUCACCAGAGUAGGUCUGGAGGUUGGGGGACGAGCUACAGAUGCAGGCGGGUUACCGUAUAUAGGGAACUUUGAGAAUGAAGCAUCAACAACCCAUGGUGCUGAAACCUACACCGUUCAUGCGCUCGAGAUGUUCUUGAUGGAUCAUGGGGAGCAUAGGGAAUAUGAUUAG